CCUUACUACUGUUGUACAGCCCUUUUAUUUAACGGCACAUAUUGCCGGAAGAAAAAGAAAUUGAGAUGGUAGAAGAUGAGUAGUGCUAAUGAUGCCAUUCUCGGUAAUAUACUGAGAAUGUUUUGCUUUCCUGGAUGAAGUCGGGAAGGUCCACGUCACAUCUAGUGACGCCCUCAUAUCAUGUUGGUUCUUGCGCAUGUAUGACAACUACGUGAUAAAAAAACUAGAGCAAGACGCGGACGGUUGCAUGACGACGUCGUGAAGCAGCACGACAGUUGUAUUGCUUCCCUUCGAACUGCUCCAGUUGUAAUAAAUUCAGCAUCUUUUCUUGUACACGAAACACAAAAUGGACCGUUCCGUGCUCAACAAAGCGACGCUUCCGGACCCGGACCAGCCGGUCACGGGCGUGGAAUUGACCGAUCUGGCGAAGUAUCAAGUGCAAAUCUGUCCGGGGCUGGAAACUUGUGAUGCAAGGAAGGGAAUAGCGAGCGCACUGUAAAAAUGCGCUGCCAAGCAUGACAAGUUUUCUCGUGGUUCUGAGUUGCGCACUCAGCAUGAGAAACUGCGUUUGUGCAUGCAAGGCAAGAGGCCGCGCAGCACAGAGUUCAGAGUCAUGCCAGUGUUCACUGUCAUGCCAGACGAGCAUGACAAUCUCCCAGACGACCGAGACAUGUUUGCAAUGCAUACAAGGAUGACCUUCGUCAGCUUCGACUGCAGUGAGCAGAUGGGGGAGUACUUGCUGUCCAAGCUGAAAAAGGACAAUCCCUUCAUCAAGCAAAAGUGUCUGAAGAUCAUUCGACACGUGUCUGAAAACGGGAAGCCGGAUUUCCGCCGACACAUGCAGAGGCACAGCCGCGACGUGAAAGAGUGCCUGCAAUAUCGAGGUAUAGUGCCUGCAAUAUCGAGUAGGAGCACUAGUUGUAGGGUUGUGGGGGUAACAGUUGGUGUGAGGAGGUUAUUGUACUACUUAGUUUUGUGAUCAUGCAUCCUACCCAACAGCAAUUCUCGUUACGUUGUACGGCACAACUGAUGUGUGUGAUAAAUGCAAUGCAGUUUGAACUACAGUGAUUUUCUCCCUGCAGGUAAGCCCGACGCUUUGCGCGGCGACGCCCCGAACAAGGCGGUCAGAGACGAAGCGGAAUUAGCUGUAAAAGCAAUAUUCAGCGAAGCGGGAACCAACGCGUAAUGCAUAAACUAGUGAUCUUCAUAAUUUAGAUUUUGAUUUCUCUUGAGCAGACGGAUCGCUGUUGUAGCACCUUGUGCAAGUUGUGUCGGAUUUUCAUGCGUGGAAGAUGCCUUCAGGGUAAAGCAAACCGCGAUAUUAUCUUUUAUGCCAGCUGCAAUGAGGUGCGUGAUGGAUUCGUCAGGCUUCUACCAAUAAGAGGAAAAGAAUGAUGUUUGAAAAAACAGCUUUGGCCAGCUGCAGCCGACCCCGAACGCGCCCAAGAUGCAGGGAUUUGGUUCGGAAAGCGCUUACUCUCCGAACAUGCCCCACCAGCCGCCGUCCCCCGGGAGCGCCAGUGCUGGGUCCUUUCAACCCCCACCCCCGCCCGCGUACGGAAACCACCCGCCGCCGGCGUAUGGAGGCGGUGCAGGACCACUUCCCAACGGGGGCACUACUAGCCACAGCAACGCCGGGCCGACCUACGGCGGUCCGGGUCCGAAGAAAAUGGAGGGCUUCGGCAAUCCGGCCUUCGAGAACCGAGCGAGCAGCAGUAGUAGCGGUAUGAUGGCCGGGGUCGGGGAGACGGGCAACCCGACGAUAGACAAGGUACCUAGUGGUCAACAUCUAGAAGGUUGUCUUUGUGCUAAACAUCUAGCUUAGCAACUGGAGGCUGCUUGCAUGUAGUUAUAUGACCUAGCUCCUUUCAAGCCAUUGGUUUUACUGCUGUUCCUGUUGAUUUCAGGGUUAGACUCUGAACCAGCACCUCAUUUCGAUCCACCGUGCAUUGAUUUUUUGUCGCGAAAAACACCACCAGGCAAACGAAGUGAUAAAGCGCGGGGUCGAGACGGGUGUCGAGUAUUUGAAAUUUGGUGCGCUCAAGGCCUCUGAGUAUCUGCCCGACAGGGUCAAAGAAAAUCUCCCCGCGGGCGUUCUGAAAAAAAUGGGUAUAGCUGUACUAACUUAAUGCCUGGGUUUAUUUGGAUCUUUCGUGCCGCACCCGCACCAUGAUCAUUGGAAUUGGAAGUACAUCUUCGCGUAAAAUUUGCUGCUGCCUUGAGGUUUUUACCUUCACGUCACUCGGAUUCUGUUUCACAGGCCCAUCCUCCGGCGGCUUCACCCACCAAGAUAACAGCGGCUACCAGCCCGGCGGCGGCUACCAGCCCGGCGGCGGGUACCUACAGGAAACCAGUUCUGGCGGCUACCACGCUCCAAACACAAACCCGACCAGCACUUUCCAGGGCACCACCGCAGCGAUGAGCUCGGCGGCGCCGUGGGGCAGCAGCAGUGCUGCUACGUCAAGCUCUUCUACCGCGGGAGGACCGCCGGGGGCUUUUGGAACUGGCGCUCUGAACACCGCUUACCAAUCCCCGCUGCAGCCAGGAUCACAACAACACGCGGCGUCCUCCAGCAGCACUUCGAGCACGGGCGUCUACGAGAAGCAACUGAUCGACCAUCUCUGCGCGCCGGGCGGCGCGCGCGUCGCCCCCGCGCCGGAAGUGUUGGACGACUUCCUGCAGAAGUGCGAGAGUCUGAACUAUCAAAAGGAAAAAUCCCCCCUCCCAAUGUCGAAAAGGUACGUCUCAGAAAAUUUCUAAUGCUGAUUUGUGACCACAAAUCGUCGCUGUCUUGCAAGAACGCAACUCCACAGGCUCCGCCGCAUUCUGCAGGCGGUUUGUGAUGCUGUUGGACCCACAGACUAGACGUCUGACAUGCUCAGCGCCUAGCGCAAAACCUCCCGACUCAGCCUCCCUACUCAGGCUUAGUGUAGGCCCGCAGUCCUCUCCAGCAAGACAAAUCUGAUUUGUGUGCGCAAAUCCAGCAUCAGAAACUUCGCGUUGAUAUGGGGGGGGAUUUUUCAUUUUGAUAUGAACAGCUCGAAGCUGGCGGAAAACUUGGCGUUGAUCCUGCAAACCGGAUCGUGGCAGCAGAAGGCGAAGGUGCUGUACGCGAUCGAGGCGCUGUGUGACAAGCAACUGGACGCCAUCACGGGCGACUUAGUGGAGCAGGGCUGCAGCCAGUGGGUGCAGAGCUGUCUGGACAUACCGCAGUGCAGGGGGAAGGCGGGGAAGGUAUAAUAGUACGUACAACUCGGGCAGGAGGAUUUUUGAGUUGCUGUACCACGGUCGGCAGAUGUUGACGGUUAAAGAUCAAAACCAAAUUUCAUACAUGUUCAAUCAUGUUAGAGUUUUUACAUGGAAAAAUAUCGAUGCUAUGAUCUUAACCCGAUUGAAAAAUACAGCUACAAUCCCGCCAAAUACAGGUCCUGUCCGCACUCGGGCUCGGUAAUGCUUCUGCGAGCACCACUACCGGCGACAAAUCUUCGCCGGCCUCGACGGGACCACCCCCGGAAAUUGACUUACUCGACAUGGGCGGUGGAGGUGGUCCUCGUCCUCCAAACAACUCAAUAGCUGCGCCAGCGUCUGGAGGUGGAACUACUCACAGUGCCGGUCCCGCAUCUUCCAGCGUAGAUCUUUUGUUCGACGCGACAAGCGCGACCACAGGUUCGACACCUCCAACGCAGCUACUUCCAAACUACAAUAGUACCACUUCAGCAUCCCCGAUAGCGAACGGCGGCGGCGGCGGCGACCUUCUUGGGGGCGACUUGCUAGGCCUGGAUGUUGUAGCGCCGAAAACUACAAGCGGUGGUCCCACCAACUACACAGGAGCACCUUCUUCAGCAGAUUCUUCCACCACUGCUGGUGCACCACCGAAAAAAUCGCUGUUCGGGAAUCUGAAUGUGAAAGCCGCGACAUCUUCUUCUACGUCCAGCACAGCGAACGGCGGAGGGGGGCCAGCACUUUUUAACAUGUCUUCAUCCACCGGCGCCGCGCCCGCGAGACCCAGUGCCGCGGACGAUCUGCUGUCCUUAGGACCGGUGUUGGAACAACAGAACGCCGUGGGUUCAUCAACUUACGCAACCCCCGCAGUGCCCAGUUAUGGAGGUGGCACAACCGGUGGAGGAUCUUCAACAUUCCCCGCGGGGCCGGCUGGUGGUGCGAGCGCGUUCGGUUUCUUGAACUCCGGUAGUGCAGUUGUUAACACGACGCCUUCGACGGGUGCAGCGGCACCAGUUAAGGCCGCUCCCAUGGCGGUACCGGCGAAGAAGGAACAGGAUGCCUUUGGCACGCUGUUGGCGGACACACUGGCGGAUUUGUAGCUUUGUUCUAGCGCAGUUUUUUAUGUGCCUACGAUCAUGGUAUUAAUACUUCACGACUUACUUUGGCAUUGAAUCAAAAUCUUCUUCUUUCCUUUUCCAACAAAUGUACUUGGUACUCAAGGACUUUUCACAUAGAUUUAUCUGAUGGGAUCCGAGAUACGACGUUUUUUGCGCAGCACCACCGCGGCUGCAUGAAGGGAGUAGGACGAAAAUCACAACAGUAUCCUCCUCGCAGGAAUAGUAAAGUGUUAUCCAUCUGUAUCUACUUAAAAACAAACCUUCGUGUGGUUGGAACUCUGACUCUGGGGCAGCGCGGGGCGCAGUGCUUCGUAAGGGCUACGUAGCGGAGGUUUACAGAAGAUUGAUUAGACGACCAGCGACAGCACUAGACGUAAACGCUGCACUUGACGUGGUCAUUUACUUUACGGCAUGCGGCUCUACCGCCAGCCUCGAGAGUCAGAAAUGAGUCCUUUGCGAUCUGGUAAAUGAUUAUGAUGAAGCGACUUUCCAUGGUCAUGCACAUGUUCGUGCCAUAGACACCUCAAAAGCGACUACGACAAUCUAUCCGAAAACGAAUCUAAAGGAAAAUCAAAAUUUCUAAUGCUGGCAUGGCAUUAAAAAUUUACGCUUAAUUAUAAUUUCAAUUCAAGUAGAAUCAGACUCAAAAAC